AUCGAACUUUGCUCCUUUAAAAGUGCAGCAAGCGCUCUUGACCACUGAGCCAUCGCUCCAUCCCUGCAGACUCUCUCUCUUUUCUUUCCUUCCUUCUGUAUGUAUGUAUGUAUGUAUGUAUGUAUGUAUUUAUGGCAUUCUGUCUCCUAAGGAAAUAGAGCAGCUACAGGCUGCGACCUAGAGUCACGUGGACAGGACAAAAUACACAUCGGUGUAUUUUCCUUGUUUUCCAAUUGGGGUCAUUACCUUAAUUUUCGCAUAAGACAGAAGCAGUCACUUUCUCUUAAAAACAUUAUGUUCGUUCUACUGAUAUGCAUAUAUAAUUUAUGCCUUUGCUUCAUAAAUAAUUUUUAAAUACUUGAAAAAAGAAUAGCAUUACUAUUUUCAGAGAUACUGUAUAGAUGGGCGGGUUGCAGCUGACGAAUCUGCGUAGUGUACUCUGCUCAAAACGCCAGCAAUUUCUACCUGUAAUCCUUUUUAAGUAUUACCUAUUAAUCCGUAGUAGAACUGCUGGGAUGUAUUAUACAUUUAUCUCAAGGAGCACAGGUGGUGCUCAACACCUGCUUUCUAAAUACGAGCAGUCAUAGACGCAACAAACUGUCUGAAGAAAGUAGAACAGGAGAGUCCACACAAAGCCCGGACAAGUCGACCGGCGAGGGGAGUGGCGAAGGGUGAGAGGCGUGGCGACCGGCGAGGGGAGUGGCGAAGGGUGAGAGGCGUGGCGACUGGUGAAAGGCGUGGCGACGGGUGAGAGGCGGGGCGAUGAGUGGGAGGUUGAGACGCGGGCGGAAGAGCAAGGCGCGCUGGGCAGGAGGGCGGGGCGAACUGAGAAAGGCGGGUUGAUAGGUGAGUAACAGGCGAAUGGGCGGGAACAAGAGCCGGAGUCUUUAAAAAACGCCAAUUAACGGCCGGCUAAGCUAGGCUUGUGCGCAGGCGUGGCUCGUUUGACUUUUAUUCAUUUAUUUUUCUUGGUGGCUGCUGUUUAUUUACGGCUGAGUGUUAAGUGCGGGUCGCGCAGCUCUGGGGACGCCUCCGUCCGCAAUCUUACUCUAACCCUCCUGGAACCCUGGCCGGCUUGGGUUUCCCUCUCAGGCCUCCGUUUGACCUAGUGGGCCGGAACCAUGGCCUCGUUCCAUCUGGAUCAUCUAAAGAACUACCACAGAAGAUAUUGCCGGUCUUCCAGGUUUUGGCUAUUAUAAAUAAGGCUUCAAUGAACAUAGUGGAGCAUGUGUCCUUAUUACCAGUUGGAACAUCUUCUGGAUAUAUGCCCAGGAGAGGUAUUGCAGGAUCCUCCGGUAACACUAUCCAAUUUUCUGAGGAACCGCCAGACUGAUUUCCAGAGUGGUUGUACAAGCUUGCAAUCCCACCAACAAUGGAGGAGUGUUCCUCUUUCUCCACAUCCUCGCCAGCAUCUGCUGUCACCUGAAUUUUUGAUCUUAGCCAUUCUGACUGGUGUGAGAUGGAAUCUCAGUGUUGUUUUGAUUUGCAUUUCCCUGAUGAUCAAGAAUGUUGAACAUUUUUUUCAGGUGCUUCUCAGCCAUUCAGUUUUCCUCAGAGCACCCAACAUUCAUACAAAAAAAGGCCAGAACAUGCUGGAAAUCUUACAAGAUUGUUUUGAAGAUCAGAGUAAGGCUUCAUUUCUUGAUGAUUUUACAGAGUCAUUGACUUCUUCAACACAAAAAAAGAAAGCCAAUUAUAGUCAAUCAUCAAGCAAAAAGUGCCCAGAGUCACAUUCCAAACCAGUUCCAGUGUCUUCAAGGACAGGAGAAGCUUCUCUGCAAGCGUCUGCAGAGCCCAGUGAAGCCGCUGGUGGAUCAGUUCAGGCUAAUGAAGUUCACCAUGGUGCGUCUGAUGAAUUGGACUUAUGUGUUGGCUCCCCUGUGGUUCUCCUGGAUGCAAACGUCAACACGUUACAGAAAGCCGCUUCACCUGCCGGCCAAAAGAGAGUGGCUUCUGUCUCAAGGAGUCCAGUAGAUAGGCAGGCUUCAAAUAAAAACAUUUCUUUUAAAACCAGGAAAAGGUUAAACUUUGAAGAUAAAGUUACUUUGAGCACAGCAGAAACAGAGAACAGUGUGUUACAAGUAGAGGAUAACUUAUCCAAGGGACAAGAAGGGACAUCAUCAGAAAUCACUCAGAAAAGAGACGAUCUGAGUUCUGAUGUCCAAUCACGUUCUAAGAAGAAUUUUUCGGAGUUGUUUUUAGAGACUGUCAAGAGGAAAAGUAAAUCCAGUUCUGUGGUCAGGCACACAGCAGCAGUUCCAUUUUCUCCGCCUCCUCCAAGUGACAUGAAAUUAUUAGAAGAUGAAUUUAUUAUUGAUCGGUCAGAUAGAAGUUUUUCAAGUCGACUUUGGGUGAUGAUACCAAGCAAAGACAGGCAUCUGAGCGCCCACAAGCCAUCUCCUGAAAACACUGCACUGCUUCAAGGUAAGAAGUCAAGAGAGAAAUCUCAUAGUUUAUCUGCAAUGACGUUUGCAAGAAACACACAGUCUGAUAAGGCUCACCCAAUAGAGGAAGCUCAGCUCUCUGUUGAAGAAAACCCGGCAACUACUUGUACAGAUGAGUUGGAAAAUGAUUGUCGAUCUCCUGAAAAUAAAAUGCAAUCUGAGACUGCCAAAACCCCACCCGCAUGGGAAAGGACUACGAAACAGAGCCAGAGGAGAGUGUCUAAGCCUAAAGCAGCUGAAGAGCUCAGGAAGGGACAGAGUAGCUGGGAAAAUAGCAAUGUGUCAAACACUGGCCAAGACAAGCUACAGAUCAACUCGAAAAGAAAUAUGAAGGACUGUGAAGAGGUGAGGAAUGAGCCUAAUCCCAAGAAACAGAAGCCAGCUCUUGAAAAUAAGAAAAAAACCAAUAGCACCCAAACCAAUAAGGAAAAAUCUGGAAAGAAAUUUUUUUCUGGUGGGUCCAAGAACAAAUUUGUUCCCAAAAAAGUAACUUUGACUUCCAGGAGAAGUUGUAGAAUUUCUCAGCGUCCAUCUGAGUGGUGGAGGGUAAAAUCAGAUGAAAGUUCUGUUGAUAGAAAUCCUUCAAAAGAAAAUAACUCACCAGUGGUAUAUCCCAAUAAAAAGAAGCAGACUAAGAGAAAUCAUGUAUCUAAGAGGGCUGGGAAGAAACCUGGUUCAUCAAAAAGACAGAAGACAGAGAUGAGCCCAAGAGUACAGAAGUCUUUAAAUGUAAAGGAUUCUGGAGGAACUGUUAGUGGCCAUGAUGACACUUCUCGUUCCCAGAGGAAGCCAUUGAAAAUCAUUGAGGCAGACCCAACUCAGAAGAGCCUUGCUAUUUCUCGACCUAAAAGAGGCUGUAAGUAUCGAAACAAUGUUAUGACAUCACCGAAUGUUCAUUUAAAGUCUCAUACUGAGGAAUAUACAAGCAAGACACAAAUGGAGUCUGCUUCCAAUUCAGAAAUGUCUAAACGUUCAGUGUGGGAAGAAAGUGGACCUUCCAGGUUCAAGAAUUAUGAAAUGCCAGGGAGCAGUAAUUCUGAGAUGGGUGAUGAACAGGACCAGAAGAGUUUGCAUUUUACAACAAGAAGUUUUAAUAUGGUACCAGAUAAAAAAUUACAUCACAAAUUAGUACUGCCCUCCAACUCACCAAAUGUUCGUCGAUCUAAUAGAAUACGUUUGAAACCUCUGGAGUAUUGGCGAGGGGAACGGGUAGAUUAUCAAGAAAGUUCGUCGGGACAACUUGUGCUUGAAAUAAUAUCCCCAUCUUCAGUACCCACGAAAAUAAAGGCACAAAGAAACCUCGGCAAAGUCAACAAAAAAGUUACCAAGAAGCCGACCCAUCUCAAUAGCCAUGAAAAGGCUAAGAUGGAGCUGCCUCUGGAUAUGCGUCUGGGAGAUCCCUUUCAGGCAACAUUGGCGAAGGACCCAGAAACCGCAGAGCUUGUCCCCAUGGAUCUUAUAAGACCACGAGAUACAUACCGCUUUUUUGUUGAGCAACAUGGUUUGAAAGUUUUUAAAACAUUGGAUACAAUAUAUUUUUCUACUGGAAAAUUGGUUUUAGGACCUUAUGAAGAGAAAGGAAAACAGCAUGUUGGCCAAGAUAUAUUGAUGGCAGGCUUGGCUGUAUCAGAAGAUUACAGGUCAGGAAUGAAGACCCUGACAGCUUCUUUUCUUUUCUAAGGAUGAGUCUGUUUGUUGAUAUUGUUGGGAGAAUUUAGUUCCCGUGUGGCUAUGGAACUGUUGUGCUCAGUUUUUCUCUGAAUGUUGGAGCUUUUAGAAAUAGCCUAUGUUCCUCAGCUUGUGGCUACUUGUCCUUACCAACAGCAACAGUGCAAAAGCCUUUUUGUUAAAAUUGCUCUAAAGGGAUCUGCAACCCUAUAGGUGGAACAACAAUAUGAACUAACCAGUACCCCCCAGAGCUCGUGACUCUAGCUGCACAUGUAUCAGAAGAUGGCCUAGUCAGCCAUCAGUGGAAAGAGAGGCCCAUUGGUCUUGCAAACUUUAUAUGCCUCAGUACAGGGGAACGCCAGGGCCAAGAAGUGGGAGUGGGUGGGAGGGGGAGGGUAUGGGGGACUUUUGGGAUAGCAUUGGAAAUGUAAAUGAAGAAAAUACGUAAUUAAAAUAAAAUUACAAAAAAAAAAGAAAAAAAUUACUCUCUUUGCCUUGGUUUUUUCUUCCUCGCCCCUACCCACUCUCUUUUCCUCCCUGCCGUGUGUGUGUGUGUGUGUGUGUGUGUGUGUGUGUGUGUGUGUGUGUGUGUGUGUUUGUUUUGAGGCUGUGUAUGAGGUAGGUUGGGUGGAGUUUCUCUUUAAGGUUUGUGUGAUUAGGUUGGGUUUAGUUAAAAUUAAGGAUUACUCCCUGUUCCAAGUUCCAUUUGCCACAUAAGGUGUAUUUCCAAGUUCUGCAAAUUAAAAUGCAAACAUCUAUGAAGAGUUAUUUUGCCUGCUGUAUUUCAUUGAAGGAUUUCUGUAGUAUAAUUGUGGUUCAAUUUGAAAUGAGAUUUUUAUUU